CUUGGCCGCCAUGUUUUGUGGCUGACGGUUUCGCUCAUGGGCGCGAUGUUUGUAAACACACGGUGAACAAUGAUGUUGCGCCACUAAAUUACAGAAGAUGAAUUCCAGUGUAGUGGUGCUCGCGCUAUUCUCCCGUUUCGUAAUAUUUCUGCUUCAGGUGGCCUUCAACUGGGCAGUGCCUGACCACAACGCGGACGCCUUUCGUUCACCCUGGCCCGCGAGCAGGGACCUGGGAGACCGCCUCGUCUCGUGGCUCUUCGGUGGCCUGACGCGCUGGGACAGCCAGUACUUCUUGCACAUCGCCGAGCACGGCUACACGUACGAGCAGACGUUGGCCUUCUUCCCGCUGUUCCCGUGGCUUGUCCGUCAGACCGCUGACGGCCUCGUCGACCCGCUCACGAGUGUCUACCUGUCGCGUCACAGCGUGCUCGUUCUCAGCGGCGUUCUCGUCAACGCGUCCUUUUUCGUCGUCGCCGCUGUGGCUCUGCACCGUCUGACCCACCAGCUCUUCUCCAAGGAGCACGCUGACGAGGCGGUCCUCCUGUUCUGCUUCAACCCUGCCUCCAUCUUCUUCAGCGCCUGCUACAGUGAAUCCGUAUUCGCAGCUGUCAGCUUCUUGGGCCUACUGUUGCUCGAGCAAAACAGGCCGAAUCUGGCGACGCUGUUCUUCUGCCUGGGCGGCCUGGUUCGGUCCAACGGGUUUCUGUCGGCUGGAUUCCUGCUCUAUUCCGGCUUCGUCUGUGGGUUGACACCUGUCAGGUCGGUCUUCAGGGCGGCGUUCUGCUUCCUGCCGUUUCUCCUGUUCCAGUGUUAUGCGUGGUCGCUUUUCUGCAUACCCGACUACUCCCAGAGAUUCUCUGCUGCAAUCCUGAAUCAAGCAGCUGAGUCAGGGUUUAGGCUGGCCGGCCGCAAUGCUUCUAAGUGGUGUUCGAAUCUAAUUCCUUUCUCCUACGGAUACGUCCAGUCACACUACUGGGAUGUUGGUUUUCUCAUGUAUUAUCGCCUGAAGCAGCUGCCCAAUUUCGUUCUUGCUUUGCCAGUUGUCAUAGUUAUCCUGCACUCCUCGGCCUCUGCCCUAAAGCGCUGCAGUGACAAGCGACACAUUCCAUACGUUUUGCAUGCUGUUGGUUUUCUUGCUAUCACAGUUCUCUUUGCAAAUGUUCAAGUGGUGACUCGGCUGAUUGCUGCUUCAAGCCCAGUGUUGUAUUGGACAGCGUUUUUCGGACCCAGUCGAGUCGAAAGAAAGUUUCGCUCAGUUGUCUGGGCAGAUGUAGCAGUCAACUUGUGGCAAAGUGAUACUCAUUCAAAGCGUAUUGUCACAUACUUUGUGGCUUAUGGAGUUUUGGGGACGGCUCUGCAUGUAAAUUUUUUACCAUGGACAUAAAAAAUUAAGUUGCAUGUUUCAUCAAAGAGUUGUGAUAAGUUUUACGUCAUGAUAUGUUUAUACUUAAAAUGCCGGGGAUGAAACCCUCUCAUUUUACGUCCUUACUAUGUCACAAAAUCCUCUGUGAUUUUCUAUAAUCAAUACCGAGCAAAUCACAUCUAACAUUUCUAUGAGGUUUCAGGUUUCAGGGUGAGUUCCACAGAAUUAGGCAAAGUGCAAGAAGUUGCAUGAAUGGAUAGGUUUCCCAUUUAAUUACAGGUUGUAAUAUAGCUUCAUUGACACCUCUAGUACCUGCUAAAAUAUUCUUGUCAAGGAAUUCUGUUCAAGGUUAUCUGAGGAUGUGUAUUGAUAGCCUUUUCUGGGGCCAGCAUUGUUGCCAAUUUUUGUUUCAGCUUUUAGCUCACUGAAGACGCAGGGACAGUUUAUACAGACGUAGAUGAAGCGCUCACUUCCAACAAUUGUUUAUUUUCACAAGCAUCACACACAUAUAUAGGAGAUAAACAACAGCUUGCGCAAGCGCAUUUGUACAAUUUCAUAAAUCGUGACAUGAAGCAUGAAUUAUCUCAAAGCAGCAAAUGAUGAUAAAGCCAAGUUGAGAAAGUGCGAAGUCGCAAGAUUGAGAUUAAUCUGUACUGCCAUCCCUGCCAAGCCACUCUUUGCAUGUGCUAAAGAUAAUCCAGUCCUUUUUUAGAAAGGUCAAUAGAUGGCACAGUAACGCAUGUGUCUCCCAAACUAGUGACCUUUGUCGCUUCUGUGAUUUCGCAUGUCGUUUAUGUGGCACUUCCUAUUAUGCAGUACUGUGUGUACUGGCGGCACUCACAUGCACAGUUUUGGCAGUGAAAGCUAAGAUGGCCCGUACCAUGAUUUCACAUAUUGUUCUGUUCCCACAACCAGUCAUUCGUGCAUCGUCCAAUUUGGCUGAUGUAUUUUUUCUCACAUGACAACGGCAGCUCAUAAACAAUGUUUGUCUCACAUUUAACAAGGCCUUAUUCGUGGUUUUUCUGGCAACCCAGCCUCCUAGCACUGCAGUAGUUGGCCUUGCACAUCUGUCUAAACUGUCUGUCUGCCCCUGUGUCUUUUGUGUGCUAAAAGCUAAAAUAAAAUACCAACAUGCUGAAACUUAUCUUUCAAAUUUGUGCCAAGUUAGCAUGUUAAUUGCAGGUCAUCAUUGACAUGGUUAAAAUAAUGAAUUGCUAGUAUUUCACUUGACAAGUUAUAGUAAAGUUACAUUUGUCUUGACAACAGAAGCUUGUAUGUUACUUAUUCCAGUAACAAAAGUAUGAUAGUCUGUACGAUGUUGAUAGAACACCUAGGUAUUGAUGUCCAUUGUUAUAUUGGUCUGCGGAAAGGCUUGGGACAUCCUUUGUGCUUCUGUGUAAUAUUGUGGCAUUUUAUGCAGCCAGUAGAAUGCGCACUACUUUAGAAUGAACAUAUACAUCUGUGUCUCAUCUAAAAUACUUGGCCCUGAAAAAAAUAUUCUUGCUUGGCAGCUAUUGUGCUAUUGUUUCAGCAAACUGUUCUUAAAUUCAACAUAUUUUGAUUAUUAAGUACAAUGGUUCCGAGCAGGUGUUGUGUGUGUGUGCAAAGAAAUGAGGAUGUGUUCUCAGAUGAAGAUUCUUAUAAGCAUGCAGACUGGUUAGCAUUCCAUCUUUUAUGUGCCAAAAGACUCGAUGUAGCCAAAGAACACUAGUCAUUGCUGGCAUGAGCCCAAGACAAACUUGUGAUGGUGAUUGUCUUCGUAUCUACUCGUGAAUAAAUUACUUCGUACUGGA